UGAAUCACUUGCUUAUGCUCAACUGUUUUUUCUUCAUGUACAUGUGACGGAAGUUUACUGCUGAUUGUUUAUUACAUCCAGUUAUCAUAAUCAAAUGUCCAACGAGGUGGCCCCACCUGCAGAGUCCCCAUCAAACCUUACGAGGUGGGCCAUCCCUGACUAGUUAACCACGGGAUGUUACGAGGCAGGAGGUGGCACCGCACCGCAUUCCACUUCCACCGCGCCGCGUCAUCUUCUUCCUUCAGCGUUGAGCGGAAUCGCGAAUUGAAAACGGAAGUUACCAAUUCACCCGACUCGAUAGACACACCGGCUCUGCUCUAAGCGAGAAUCCGAGGAGCGCUGCCAAGCGCCUCCGCGACGGGAUCGACGCGACUUGAUUCGCGAGUUUCAACGUCGCGAGGAGAGCAGAAAAUUACGCAGGCAGAGCGGCUGCCGGCUGGGUGUUGAAGCUAGAGCGGCUAGGAGCAGGUUCGGAGCGCUACCAAACAGGCCCUUAACCUAAGCGCUCCUGCCCUUCGGAUCCGGAAGUUGGAGGCGCGCGAGGAGGCGAGGCUUGCAAGGUCUCCCUUGCUAGACGGCAACGGGGUGACGAUGGCGCACGAGCGGGGCGCCGCCGCAUCCGCCCACCCAGCGGCUCCAACCUCCGAGGAAGACGCGCUGUUUAUUGAUUUAUUACAUGAAGCGCCCCUGUCUGGUCACCGGGAGCCUAGAAGCAUAGUUGGUGGGACCUUGUACUGUAUCUUAUUGGUAGGUUUUGCUGCUGUUGCCAUUUCAGCUCCAUGGAUAUUUCUUUUCGCGCCAGAUAUGAUCUCUCCAUUGCUAUGUAGCUCCAAUGCUAUCCUCCUCGUUCUUACAGGCAUUUUUCAACAAUAUUGGGUUCACCAGGUCAGGAAAGUGAGAUUGCAGGGCUAUUACGAUUUUAGCCAGAAACUGAAGCGUAUUGCUCGACUUCCAUUUGCUACUAUUGCUUGUGGGACUGCUUUGAUGCUCUUAAUCAUGGUCUGGCAACCUCUUUUACAAAUACUAUCAGUUUCACUGCUUCUCAGGAUUGCCAUUGUAGUUGAAGUCACGUGUGCUGGAUGUUUUAUGGGCUUAUAUUUAUGGCACAUCCACAAAUACAACUCUUUGAAUGGGCAGCCUGAUAUUUUGCGGUCAUUAUAUUCUGCACUCCAACCAUCUAAUACUUUGGAAGAUCGAAGAUAUCAUGAUGCCCGUCUUUCUGAUCAGCAGAUGGCGUUACUUCAGUACCAAAGAGAGAAUAUCCAUUAUCUGAGUGAGGAGGUUCUCCGCUUGCAAGAAUGCUUAAGCAAAUACCAGAGAACUGCUGGAACCACUCCUCAGGUUGAUCUUGCCCAUCUUUUAGCAACUCGUGAUCAAGAACUCCGAGCACUCACUGCUGAGAUGAAUCAAGUGCACUCCGAACUUCAACAUGCCCGUGGUUUGAUCGAUGAAAAGGAUUCAGAGCUCCAGCGUAUCCGUCUGAGCAACAACCAGUAUGUUGAAGAAAACGAUAGGCUCAGAGCUAUUCUCGGUGAGUGGAGUGCUCGAGCCGCAAAGCUUGAACGUGCAUUGGAGGCAGAGCGGGUGUCAAACGUCGAAUUGAGGAAAAAUAUUGCAAAGUUUAGAGGUCAUUUGUACAAAGAGCAGGAGGCCUGACUUCGGUAUGUUAUAGCUGGUUCCAGAAUUUUACCUAAGACACCUGACUAAAGGCACAAUUUUUGAUAUAGAAGGGUAUCUCGGUCUGGAUCCAUUCGAACUGAGAUUGGCACGUGAUUGUUCGAUGACGCAUGGAAUAUGCGUCUAGUGGUUUGUAGAAUGCGUAGUUUGAUGUACAUGUGUUCGUAGGUUUGAGCAUGUAGAGUAUGGUAUCCCUCGGGAAAAAAAAGGAGUAUGGUAUUCAUGUGGUUGAAGACUGCUGAGUAUUGUGAACAUGGUAGUGUCUUGUGGGGUGUGGUUCGCAGGAGACAAGAGGAGGAGGUUGCAGCACUGGUCGUUCUUGUAGGUGUGCGGCAGAUAGGAUUAUGCGUACUAACUGAAGAGGCAGCUAGGCAAGAAUCUUAACACAAACAAGAAGAACAGGAUCGCCCCUCCGACUCUAAUCAAUAGAGUUCAUUACAGAUAAGCGACGCAGUGCGAUGAAAUGUACCACCUACAUUCACAGACCCAGUUGGGCGUACCGUUGAAGCCUCAUGGGCCACUCGCGCCUGAACCCAGUUGCCACUAUAGUUUUCUUCUUCGGAUUUGUUUGUUUUUUCAUUCUAUUUUCUAUUCUAUUCUGUGUGACUUUCUUUUCUUUGUUGUUUAGGGCUCAUUUGAUAAUAAUUCAGAUUGGUUCAUAUCAAUGUUCUCUAAAAAAACGUUCCAGAUGACGAA